CGCGUCCCUCUUGGAAAAAAUAUUCUUCUAGGCGUUAAUUUAAAUGUUCCAAAUUCAAACACAUCUUACAGGCACAGUUACCUUCCUUCUCUUAAAGCUUCAUCUCCGUCACCCGUUCACACAGAAACAGAGAAGGCCAAAAUCAAAACCAUAUCUUCGGAGCUUACCAUGUCGCCGCGACCAUUUUCUAUGGUUGCAACAAUAUUAUUUGUUGUUGCACAAAUAUUUGUGACUGCAAUUUCAGUUUCAGAAGAUGAUAAGAUCAGCAGUUUGCCGGGGCAGCCGCCGGUGAAGUUCCAGCAAUAUGCCGGUUACAUUACCGUCGACGACAAGCAGCAGAGAGCUCUGUUUUACUACUUUGCAGAAGCAGAAGUAGACCCUGCUUCCAAGCCCCUGGUUCUCUGGUUGAAUGGAGGGCCUGGCUGUUCAUCUCUUGGAGCUGGAGCUUUCGUUGAGCAUGGUCCUUUCAAACCGACCGAAAAUGGUCUAGUAAAGAAUGAUUACAGCUGGAACAAAGAGGCAAAUAUGCUAUACCUGGAAUCACCAGCUGGAGUUGGUUUCUCUUACUCUGCCAACAAAUCCUUCUAUCGCUUUAUCGAUGAUGAAAUUACAGCAAAGGAUAGUCUUGUUUUCCUUCAGCGUUGGUUCAAUAAGUUUCCUCAGUACAAGAAUAACGAUUUCUUUAUCACCGGAGAAAGCUAUGGAGGCCAUUAUGUUCCUCAACUUGCGCAGCUGAUUGUUCAAACUAAGACUCCGUUCAAUCUCAAAGGGAUCGCAAUAGGGAACCCUCUGUUAGAGUUUAACACUGAUUUCAACUCAAGAGGAGAAUAUUUUUGGUCGCAUGGACUAAUAUCAGAUCUGGCUUACGAGAGCUUGACGACGACAUGUAACUACUCCCAAAUCAGGAGGGAAGCUCAAAGCGGAAGUCUCACUCCAGCUUGUGCAGGAGUUGGCAAACUAUUGUCAAGCGAAAUUGGUAAAUUCGUCGAUACCUACGACGUCACUGCCGAUGUCUGCUUGUCUACCAUAGAUCAACAAUCUUUAGUGUUAAGCCAAUUGCAAGAGACGCAAAAAAUAGAUGUUUGUGAAGAAGACAAGACACAUAAUUACCUGAACAGGAAAGACGUGCAGCAAGCUCUUCAUGCUAAACUCGUAGGACUCUCCACAUGGUCUGUUUGUAGCGAUGUUGUGAAAUAUGAUAUGCAGAAUUUAGAGAUACCAACAAUUCCUAUUCUUGGGAAACUUGUUGAGUCAGGCCUUCGAGUUCUUGUCUAUAGUGGGGAUCAAGAUUCGGUGAUUCCACUAAUUGGGUCGCGAGCUCUGGUGAAUGCACUGGCCAGGGAAAUUAGAUUCAAUACGACAAUGCCCUACAGAGCUUGGUUUGAAGGCAAACAGGUUGCGGGGUGGACACAAGUGUAUGGGGACAUUUUGUCAUACGCCACAAUAAGAGGGGCGGCUCAUGAAGCUCCGUUUUCACAACCAGAGAGAUCACUUGUGCUAUUCAAAGCAUUUGUGGAAGGCAAACCACUUCCUGAAUUCUCUUCAUGAUUAUGGAUCACAAAUAUGUCUAUUCACUAUAUUUAGCAAACACAAAAAUAAACUCCUGCCUGAACUUGUUACUGCUGAACUCUCUUCAUUUAUACAAAGUUUUUUUCCUUUAUA